AUGGUCAACUGGCAGUCGACCUUGGAGAUCGCCCAUGAUUCCGAUGUGUACAGCAAACUAGUCUUCGCUCUUUUUGGUGUCUAUGUCUGGGAGGUGUUUGAAACAUCCGAUUUCGAAUGGUCCCUUAUUACCCGGAGGCGCAAAUUCACCUGGCCUUUGUGUGAGUACACCCGUCUGAAAUCGCGACUUUCAUUCAGGAUGACCUACGGCAACAGCUUUUUUCUUUCUUUGCAGAUACUCGCUGUUUGGCUCCAUGAUUGGCCUAGCCCAAUCAACUGCCAAGCAUUAUAUACCUUCAGUUCGUGGGCGGGAAACAUGGCAGUCAUGUGCGCUUCGACGUCCUUGAUGCUUAGAACGAUCGUCAUUUGGAACCGCAAUCUCAAGGUUGUCGUGCCGCUAGGUUUUCUGUCCCUCGCUCAGUGGAUCUUGCUCUGGCGCGGUGCGUUUACCUUUACGGCCGUGUACUCUGAGGCCACGAAGUCGUGUUCCUUGGAAAAAACCAGCCAUGUUUGGCUCAAUAUAGUCUUCUUUAUGACGAUGGUAUUCGACCUCGUGAUCCUUGUUUUUACGCUCGUUGCGCUUCUGCCCCAGAGGGAUCGCUCGGGCCUUUGGGGUCUGCUUUCCACGGAUGGGCUCGUGUUCUUCAUCAUCGCGUUCUGUUUCAAUGCCUUACCCGCGAUAUUGAACGUGCUCAAUCUCAACACUGUGAUGAAUGUUAUUGCAACUAUACCGGCGGCUACUUUCUCAGUCAUCGCGGCAUGUCGAUCCGUCAUGCGUCUGCAGCAAUGCAAGAACUCGGAUGUCUACGUACACAGUUCGUCGAAAGUCGGCCCCGUCAGCCCAGUCAGUGGUACCCCGCGACACUUCCCCAACAUGGGGGGCGGUAGAGGACGUCGGUCGAUGAACUUUGCACGCCCAGAGGUACAUGUCACGACGGACCACUUUGUGAUGGAAGAUUUUGCGUCAUCACCGCCAUCUGCCGAUAGUGACGCGACCAAGCUGCAGCUCCAGCGUGCGGAUAGCAAUGAGGACAAGUACAGUGACGAUGACAUCAAAGGUUACACCACCGCAGUCUAA